GACUGGAAAUUCCCUCCACUCUUUGUGAAAUGACCAUAUAAAGGUAAAAGCUUUCAGCUUUCCAUCAUCAAUGGUAUCAGGAAUGGAAUGCAAAAUUCUACAUUUUCAGAGAGGAAUCAUCUGUCUUUCCUACCAUUCUGUGGGUGCUUCCAUCUCAAAGCUGAUGUCUUUAUAGCUCCUGAUCACUCGAAAUGUGCUCUUUGGACCAGCAGCAUCAACAUCUCCUAGGAGUAAGAAAUGCAGAUUAUCUGGCUCACUUAUGAGCUACUGGAUCAGAAUGUUCAUUUUAACAAGAUCCCAGGAGACUUAUGUGCACAGUACAGUUUAAGGAGCCCUGGCUAGAACUGGCAUUUGAAUAGCAUGGUCUAUUGAAAUCCUAAAUUAUAGAGGCAUCCUUAAGAGAUACAAAAUAUUCAUUUCUCACAGUGACAUCAAACACAUACGUUUAAUUACACAAAUGCAACUCUAUACCAUUAAGGGUGAAAGGAAUUCUUUUUUCUUUUACAUUUUAUUCUGCGGUUUCUCCUUGCCGCCUCUUCAAACUUGCCCUUGACCUCCACAGUAUCAGAGAGGAAAAGGCCACAGUCUAAAUUCAAAGUGAAAACAAGAGAAGCUGUUUCUUUGCCUUUGAUGUUAAAGGCUGAGGUCCAGGAGAUUGGGCUGCAACUUGCUUUUAGUGAUGACUUUGGAACCUUAACCUCCAAUUGAGUACAACUCCACUCGAAUGUACUUCACAUUCAUUAUGCUCUUGCUCCUCUCCACCAUCUGGGGUAGAUGGUGUGAUGUUAAGGAAAUGGACUGCCUUGAGCAAUUCAGGGUGCUCCGGUAACCUGGAAGUGCCCUGCAAAUCCAUUACUGAGUAGGAAUGAUGGCCCAUGUGGAUUGUUUUGCUUCCAUUUUCCUCUUUUCUCAAACUCUUUUGCCAUAGUUUCCCUUUCUCAUUUAUCACUUCCUUUUGUGCACUAAAACUGAAAAUUGACAAGCCAAGGCGGAUGUAACACAUGGCUAGGUUUUCUGAGGCUUCCUGACUCACAGGCCCUCUCAAUACCACUUUUAAAACCACCACUUUUCACCCUGCACCUUGGGAAGAAAGCCCUUCAACAUUAUCGGUCCCUAGGCCCAGAAGAAUAAUAUUUAACAAGGUUUUGAAGUUGGUAAAUAUUGAAGGGAUCCUCCACAUUAGUCCUGUUGACCAUACUCAUGCAGGCCAAUUUUCAACUUAAGAAAAAAUGGAAAGUUUUAUAUGGAUGGGAUCCACCACAGUAACAGGACGGCAUGGGCUUACCUCAGUGAGUGAAAACCCUUUCCAAAGGCAGAGAUCUGGUCUCCAAAUUUCUGCCAAUGCCUUGCCAUGGGCCCUCAGAUGAGUCACUUGGACAUCAAGGGCCCCAAUGUCCUCAUCUCAGAAAUGGCAGGGAGUUCCGAGGGGCUUAGGAUGAAAUAAUAUCUAAGCCCCUUUCCAAUUCUAAAAUUCUUUGACCCGGUAUUUCCAUUCGGUAGUUUUCACCAUGCAUGCUGCAGCGGUUCCUCUUCAGGGUGCACAGGAUUUUCUUCCUCCAAGUGAUAGACACGUGACUGAGGUGCUAGGAACAUCUGAACAACUCACCAGAACUCCACUGUGGGAAGGCUGGUCAUGCCGAGCUGCUCCCCACGGAAAACCAUGGCCUGAGCGCUAUUGGGGUCCCACUGGGGGUGUCAUGCAGUCACUCUGCUAAUGGUUUUGCUUUUGUAUGGCAACCCACUGCCAUCUCCCCCUCUGAGCAUCUCCUCACUCUACCCUCUUCUGAUGUGGUUUAAUAACUUCAUGCAUCCAACCUUUACACAAUUGAGAGCAAAAUUUUCAAGAAGCACACUGCACUGUGAACGCAGCUCAUGGUCAACUCCCCAGAUGAAGGCUCACAGGAUUCCUGGUACCAAGCACAUUGACAGUGUCAGUCUAUGAGCACCAGGCUUUGGAUAGCCCCUCUGAGCCUCACCUGUAAAAUGAGAAUAAUGAUAAUAGGUAGCUAUGUGUGAGGCUGGGCGAUUCAGUGGGGUUGUGGAAAGCAGUACAGCUGCCAACAUCUACAGAGUUCUUGAUAAAUGGUAAUUGCGUCUACUGGUCUUUCUUAUUUGUGGAUUGAAGAAUCUGAGGCCGAGAUAUAGCCUCAGAACGUGUAUGUCUGGGAAACAGCAACAGCAGUUAAGUAAAAACAGACCCCACCACACUCAACCCAUAGCAACACCCAUUUCUGCAACCAGAACUGGCCCUGAUCUCCCUACAUACCAACUUCACACAAAAGGAAAGGAAGGAAGGAAAGAGCAAGGUCAGAGGAAGAAGAAAGAGAGACCAGUCAUAGAAUGUCCAGGGCUGGAAGUGGCCCAAGGCCCACAGUUAGUACUGGAGCCAGGGUUAGAACAUCAGUCUCCCGGCUCCAAGUUGAGUUCUAAAUGGAAACCAUACUUCCUAUUAUGGGGGUUUUCCUUCUUCUCUGGUCAUUGUAUACCCAGGUCACUACCCCAGCCUACUCUUUCUUGCCAAAUCUGCACAGGGCUGGGCUCCAGUGUCCGUGUGUGACUCUCCUGUACCGCAUCCCUGAUAUGGGCUGUCCAACUUCACGUCAACCUCAUACAGAAAUGAGGAGCUCCCUGCCUACCUAUGCAGCCCAUUCCCCUCUUAUCUCAUCAUUAAGGAAGUCUUUGUAUUGGUCUGAAGCCUGUGUAGUGUCUCGCAUACCACAGAGAGCCCCAGACACAGGCACACACCUUUGAUUCAUUGAGUCUAGGCAUGGCCUUUGCAGGACUACAGAGGAGAAACAGUGAGAGAUGAAUAUGAAGAGAUGAGAGGAAAGAGACAGGGAAGGGGAGGGGAGAAGAGAAAGGAGGAAAGUGAGAAGAGAGAGGAGCGCUAAAGAGACAGAGACAUGGAAACAGAGAUGAACAGAAAAGAGAUAGAGAGAUACUGAGGUUGGUAUAGUUUGAAAGAGGCAGAAAGAACACAUAUUCAGAUGCCUUAAGGCAACUAAAAGUGGAUUCCAGCCCACUCAAAAUGCAGCACAAUGACUCCCACCUCAACCACCCCCUCCUCAAGCCCACAACUGCAUCAGGAAGCUAGUGAGUCACUGUCCCCCUGAGUCACCAAUUCCCACUCCUGAGCUUAGCAGGUGGCAGAGGCAUUCCCGGAAGUCUCUGUGCCUACAGGGAAGGGUGCAAGUCUAACUCCUCUGUCAAGCUUUUUCUGAGAAUACAGAGAGAGAGAGGGCCCCCCCGAAUAUGGACUUCUGGAAAAGUCUACUAGAAAAGGGAAUCAGGAACCAGCAGGCUCAAGGAGAUAAAAGACAGCUUCUGACAAGGCCAACUUCAAAGAAGCCUCUUCCUCCUACUCCUGAAGACAACAGGCGACCACUUUGGGAACCCGAAGACACCGUGGUCAUUGCCUUGUAUGACUACCAAACCAACGAUCCUCAGGAACUUGCCCUACGGCGCAAUGAAGAGUACUGCCUGCUGGAUAGUUCUGAGAUUCACUGGUGGAGAGUCCAGGACAGGAAUGGGCAUGAAGGAUAUGUACCAAGCAGUUAUCUGGUGGAAAAAUCUCCAAAUAAUUUGGAAACCUAUGAGUGGUACAAUAAGAGUAUCAGCCGAGACAAAGCUGAAAAACUUCUUUUGGACACAGGCAAAGAAGGAGCCUUCAUGGUAAGAGAUUCCAGGACCCCAGGAACAUACACCGUGUCUGUGUUCACUAAGGCCAUUGUAAGUGAGAACAAUCCCUGUAUAAAGCACUAUCACAUCAAGGAAACAAAUGACAAUCCUAAGCGAUACUAUGUGGCUGAAAAGUACGUGUUUGAUUCCAUCCCUCUUCUCAUCAACUAUCACCAACAUAAUGGAGGAGGCCUGGUCACUCGACUCCGGUAUCCAGUUUGUUUUGGGAGGCAGAAAGCCCCGGUUACGGCGGGGCUGAGAUACGGGAAAUGGGUGAUCGAUCCCUCGGAGCUCACUUUUGUGCAAGAGAUUGGCAGUGGGCAAUUUGGGUUGGUGCAUCUGGGCUACUGGCUCAACAAGGACAAGGUGGCUAUCAAAACGAUUCGUGAAGGGGCUAUGUCAGAAGAGGACUUCAUAGAGGAGGCUGAGGUCAUGAUGAAACUGUCUCAUCCCAAACUGGUCCAGUUGUAUGGGGUGUGCCUGGAGCAGGCCCCCAUCUGCCUGGUGUUUGAGUUCAUGGAGCACGGCUGCCUGUCGGAUUAUCUGCGCAGCCAGCGGGGGCUUUUUGCUGCAGAGACCCUGCUGGGCAUGUGUCUGGAUGUGUGUGAGGGCAUGGCCUACCUGGAAGAGGCGUGUGUCAUCCACAGAGACUUGGCUGCCCGAAAUUGUUUGGUGGGAGAAAACCAAGUCAUCAAGGUGUCCGACUUUGGGAUGACAAGGUUCGUUCUUGAUGAUCAGUACACCAGUUCCACAGGCACCAAAUUCCCGGUGAAGUGGGCAUCCCCGGAAGUUUUCUCAUUCAGUCGCUAUAGCAGCAAGUCGGAUGUGUGGUCAUUUGGUGUGUUGAUGUGGGAAGUUUUCAGUGAAGGCAAAAUCCCAUAUGAAAACCGAAGCAACUCAGAGGUGGUAGAAGACAUCAGUACUGGAUUUCGGUUGUACAAGCCCCGGCUAGCCUCCUCACAUGUCUACCAGAUUAUGAAUCACUGCUGGAAAGAGAGACCAGAGGAUCGGCCAGCCUUCUCCAGACUGCUGCGUCAACUGGCUGAAAUUGCAGAACUGGGACUUUAGUAGAGACUGAGUAGCAGGCCAUGGGCUGCAGAUCCUGAUGGAAGAAGGAUAUGUCCUCCUCCCAUAGAGCAUUAGAAGCUGCCACCAGCCCAGGACCCUACAGAGGCAGCCUGGCCUGUGGCACCAGUCCCUGAGUUACCAUGGAAGCAGCAUCCUGACCACGGCUGGCAGUCAAGCCACAGCUGGAGGGUCAGCCACCAAGCUGGGAGCUGGGCCAGAACAGAAGUGAUGUCUCUGCCCUCUCUCUAGCCUCUUGUCACAUGUGGUACACAAACCUCAACCUGACAGCUUUCAGGCAGCAUUUCUUGCACUUCUUAGUAAUAGAGACAGACAGGAGUAAGACCCAGAUUGCUAUUUUUAUUGUUAUUUUAAACAUGAAUCUAAAGUUUAUGGUUUAAGGGACUUUUUAUUUGACCCAACAACACAGUAUCCCAGGAUAUGGAGGCAAGGGGAGCAAAGAGCAUGACUCUUUUUCUAAGAAAACUGGUGAGUUAACCAAAGUUAGAAAGAGUGUGCUCUGCUGCUAUGAUGCUGUCAGCCGCAGCUUCCUGCCGCAGAGAAUGGUGGAGCAGCUGCUCCAACAGGAGGCCGGAUAUUCUGAGAAGCAGCUCUGUGAGGUUUUACAGAGUAUGCUGCUACCUCUCUCCUUGAAGGGAGUAUGGUGAGACCCAUUGGAUGGAUUGGGGUGAAUAGUUCAGGUCCCAUGCAUGGAGCAUUGGGUAUCUGAUGUCUGCGCCAGGACAAGAGAACAUCUGAUGGUGGGGAACCACGUGGUACAAGAGAGGCCUUAGGUUUUAUCACUCCCAUGCUCAUCCUUUAUACCAAGCUAUGCAGGUUACUAUGUCUCUUCUGCACAGAAUGCUUCCGCCAGCAUCUUGAGAAGAAAUAAUUACUUGUAAAUACUGACUCCUCUGGUCAUCCUUUCCAGCCUCUGGGAAUCAGCCCCCUCUCUGCACUAUCUAAUCCUGAUCAACAGAGGGCAGCAUUGUGUUGAUUAGUGUUGGCCUGGCGAGCAAUUGAAACUUGUUUAGGUUGAGCAAUUUUAAGGUUGAGACUCCAAGUCUCUCAAAAUUCUAGGAGAGAAAUAUAGAGUCUGUUCUUGCUCAGACCAUCAGGAUACAAACAGUCAGGCACUGACUGGGGCGCUUCCAGGAUGCAGGAGAAUGCCUACUCUGGCUUGAGCACUUCUAUAUGCAAGGUGAAUAUGUACUGAGCUAGGAGCCUUUCCUGCAAAAUCUCUGUUCACUCUGAGUUCACAUCCCCAUGAGGCAAUAUUACUAUUCCUAUUUUACAAAUAAUGUCACCGAGGCUUUAAGAAGCCAAGACGUCUGCCCAAAGUGACAGAACUAGAAAAUCUAGAGCUGGGAUUCUAGCCCAAAUCUGUCGACUCUAAUAGACAGAUUCUUUAUUCCUAUUCAACACUGCCUCCUACUGAAAAGGAAAGGGAUUGCAGGGGGGAAUAAAUACAGCAGAGAGGAAAGACGGAAAGACAGUAAAGAAGUCAAUAUAGAACCACUAGCGAAUAGUGUUGCUCUGGCACAGGGCUCUGUGGUUGAUGCAUGUCCCCCCAGCCUGGAAUAGGAUUUUCCUUUUCCUACUCUGUAUCCUUAUCUUGGUCAUGUUAAUGACUUUGGAGUUAUUCAGUUAAUGAACUCUUUAAUUCUCACAACCAACCAAUCAGGUUGCUUGAAGCCAUUUAUAGACGAGCUUCAAAGCAACUUUAAAAGGUUCUUCUGUAGAAGUAUGAGUUCUUCCUUUAAUUAUCAUUCCAACUUUUAGCUGUAGUCUUCUGGAACACUUCAUGGGGAGGGACAUUCCCUGAUAUACGAGAAGAUGGUGUUGCAAUUGGCUCUUUCUAAAUCAUGUGACAUUUUGACUGGCUUGAGAUUCAGAUGCAUCACUUUAAUUAUAAUUAUUGUGAAGUGGAGAGCCUCAAGAUAAAACCCUGUCAUUCAGAAGAUGAUUUUACUCUGCUUAUCCAAAAUUAUCUCUGUUUACUUUUUAGAAUUUUGUACAUUAUCUUUGGGAACCCUUAAUUAGAGAUGAUUUCUGGAACAUUCAGUCUAGAAGGAAAACAUUGGAAUUGACUGAUCUCUGUGGUUUGGCUUAGAAAAUUCCCCUGUGCAUGGUAUUAUCUUUUUCAAGCUCAGAUUCAUCAAAGCCUUAACUGAAAUGUGUAGAUAUUUCACCUCCCAGUGUCCUAUCCCACAAAAUGGGCUUCCUGUCUGGUUUUUCCUCUCACAUUUUGUAAAUGGUGCCCUGUGUUUGUAGAGAACUCCCUUAUACAGGGUGUUGGUUCUAGUUUCAUUUUGUAGACUUUGCAUUUUGUACCUUUUGACUAUGUAUUUAUAUUUGCAUCAGAUGCAUAUUUAUUAAUGUACAGUCACUGCUAGUGUUCAAAAUAAAAAUGUUACAAAUAGCUGUUAUCCUUCGUGGGGCACACAGAGUUAAAAGUUGAGUAUAGCAGUUAAAGCUGUAUUUUAAUAAAUAUGGUGCAUAGGG